AUGCUCGUAAUUGGCCACCGCAGGAUCCAAAUCGUGAAGGUGGUUCCUGUCAUUGCAGCUGAUGCCAAUGUUGAUCCGAUGUUCGGUGAUGGGAAACCACGGCAACAGCCGCAUUUGUUGUUGGCUGGUUGGCCAAUAUUGAAAGCUUGUGAUGUCCCCAUUUCGAGCUAUGGCCACUUUACUCGUCCCUUUUCUGGCAUCGUGUGA